AUAUAUCUUCAAGAACAACUAUAUAUUCUCCAUUUUAUCGAUUAAGGGACAUCGAUGUUAUUUUCUUUAAUUCGGAAAAUGAUUAUGUUUCAAAAUCGGGUCAAAUCCCUCAAGCUUAUAUAGAAACUCCUGGAUACUGUUUUCAUGAACGUUCUGGUGACAUUUUUUUAUCUACCAGAGCUAUAAGUGAUACUGCUACUCGGUUAGGAAAUCUUCUCUUAGCAGAAUUUGCAAAAUUAGGAAAAUCUGAUAUAAUAUCGGGUGUAGCUGAUCGAUAUUUAAGAGAAGUUUCAAUAAAUUUAAUGACUCGUGAACCUCUUAUAGAGUCUGAGUUUGAAUUUUUCAUCGCAGAUCCUUCUUCAAAAUCUGCAAUUUCAUUUCCCACUUCACAAAUUCCCCAAAUCCAAUCAAGCCCAAAAAGUGUUACAAAUUCUCCUAACUCAUCUCAAAUUUCCGGAAGAAAACGUAUGUCCCUCGAAGAAGUUCUAGAUAAUGAUAACGAUAGAGAAAAUGAUCGAAUAUACGAUCAAAAAAUAACUUUACAAUCUGAACACACUUCUUCACCUUUGGAACCUGAAAGAGGAUCCUCAACGAUAAAAAAAGAACAAUCGCCUGUUUAUUCUGGGGGUGAUCGUGAUAUAAUCACAGACUAUGACACUAGAAUCAGAAAGAAAAGGCGCUUUGCUGUUGGUUCUAAUAAUAAUAUCACUCCAAAUAAUCCGGAAGUCAUGCAACAAGUAAGAAAUUCACUAAAGUUAAAACAGCAACAAAAGGCUAUAAUAGAAGCUAGACAAUAUCAAGCUCAUCAACAAAUGUUACAGCAACAAAAUUAUUUUAAUGAUAAGCAACAUCCUGUUACUAGUAAUCCUUUGCCAUCAAAAUCAAGUUCCAAUUCAUCAAAAGUAGUUUCUCAAAAUGCUUUGGAUUUGAAUAGAUCAAUUUCUUCCAUGUCAAAGCGACAUUCAGGAAACAAGAGCAAUCGUAAUUCUAGGAAUCUUAGCGUAUUCGCUUCACCUUAUACCGGUUACAAUCAUGGUCAAAGAUCUGCUGGUAUGCCUACAUCUGCUCCUACAAUAAAAUCUGCCCCAAGUAGACAAAGUGUUUUCGGUUAUCCAUUAUCCACAAAUUCUGCUUUUCGACCUACACCACAUUCUGCAUCCUUCAAUGCUAAUAUUAAUGGUCUUAUAUCUCCUCAUAAUAUUCAUAAUAUUGAAGAUGCUAGCCCUAUGAUUAGCCCGGCUGCCAGUAUCCGUUCCAAUCCUUCUAAUCUGAAUAGUCCUACAUCUGUUUCUAAUGAAGAAAGGCCCUCAAAAGAAUCUUUUAUUAAUCUAUUUGAUAAUUUCUACGAUACGGUUUCUGAUACACGUUCUCUUAAGACUACUCUCGAAGAUCAAAUCCGUAAAACGACAACCUUGUUACAAACACUUCAUGCAUCCGGUGCAAUGAUUGAAAGUCUCGUUCAUGGUCAUUUUCGUGAAAUGAAAAGAGAGGUUAUUAAGGAUAUGACAGCCUUAGAAAAAAGACUUUCAAAAAUUGAAGAGCGUGUGCAUAAUAAUGCUGCUAAUACUGGAAUGAGCCUUAGUCCACCUCAUGAUACAGACAGAAGACUUAGUGAUAUUAGUACUGUUAUUGAUGAUAUGAGUUAUAAAAAUAAUGGGAAUAAUGGAAAUACAUCAAAACUUGCUCAAGCUGAUGGCAAAGAUGGCUCAUCGCAAUUUUUGUCAGCGGGGCAUCAACAUUAUAGCCCACCUUUGUCUUCCUCUUCAUCGCGUAAUGAAGAGACCCAGCCUCAAGAUUACCAAGAUGCAUUGCUUUCUUUGAAAGCUAGGUUAGAAUCCUUAGAAAGACGUACGUCUAUCCCAUAA